AUGGCCAAAAUUAAGAAUGCCCAACCGUCCAAGAAGCCCUCUCGUGGCUCUGCCUCUGCAUCUCCGAUCAGCCCGCCUGCGCCGCUUGCACCAGCAACCGGAGCUUCUGGUUCGUCCUCUGCUCCGUCGAAGUCUGCCAGAAAAUUGAAGACCCAAGCUCGAAAAUCAGUGGUAAAUCUCGCAUCUCCACAUGUUGUUGCUUCUCCUAUUGCUUCUUCAACACCUGGGUUUGGUGAUCAUGAUGAAUCCCAUUCAUCCGAUCACACAUUGUCGAAAUCCUCCUCUUCGAAUGGUGCUCCUAUUGUCGAUAAAGCCUUGGUGACCUUGCCCACGGAGAAUCCCCCUUCCGUGUCAUCCUCAGAUUCUGAACCAGAAGAAAGUGAGGAGGGUCAUGAUUCAGAGGGUUUGUCCGAUUCAAGUGAAGAAUUUGUGCCCAAAGAUCAACCUGCUGUUGAUGAUUCUACAUCCGAGAGUGAAGAAUCAGAGGCUGAUCAUGUCACUACAGAACCUGUUCUUGUCCCUACUGCAGUUCCAAAGAAGGACAAAGAAAAAAGGCCCAUUGUCUCUCCAAAUCCUGUUCUUCCUCAGAAAAGGAAGAGGCCCUCUAAAAAGGUUCAUCCCCAGAUUUCUGCCAGCUUUCACAACAUUUCCAAUUUCAGACGUGAUCGAGAGCAGUUUGCAGGAAUCAAAACUAAAGGUUAG